GUGGGGGGCCGGAGACUUGUGGACAAAAUUCUCGUGUUCUUCAGGGGUUCUUUGGUUUCGUCGAUUCAUUUCUGGGGUCGUUGGGCGAGGCCUCUGGCCACCCGCUCUGCUUCUAUUUGCGAUUGACUGGUCUGUUAUGGUUUUCUCGUCGGGUUGAUGGUGCUAGGCGUAAUCAGGAACCGCGGCAUGAGGAUCAGGUAGAAUUGCAUUGAUUGAUGUAAUGAUAGUUGUGGCUAAUUUUUUUUUGUUUUGAGAGUAAGUAUUGGGUUUGCAGUUCUCGGUUUGAUAAUAGGUUCUGCAAUUCUCUUUAUCUGUACUUUCAUUUCAAGUCGAAAUUCAGGCUAAGGUAAUAUGCGAUCAAUUAUGAUUGUUUUUAUUUGUACGUUUUCACUGUUAGGAAAUUCUGUAAUUCUUGGAUGCCAGAUGUUUAGCAGGAUUCUGUAGGCCCUAGAGUCAAGUGUGCUUGGUCAGUUAUGGUAACUGCUGCAGUGACAUCGGUUUCUACUUUGAGUGGUUUCUGAGCUUUAAAGCUUGUGCCUCCACGUGAGGGGAUCAUAGGAGUGGAACUUCUGUCAGAUAACACAGUCGAUUGGAGAAUGCUCCAGUUGAAGUUGUGUGCUUUGUGAAAGUGGGUAUUUGAUUUGAGGACCGGUGUUUUCUGUGCUGAGGGAUUGAAGAUAACUCGUGGCAGUUCAAGUAUGGUUAGUUUGAGGAGACGUCGACUAUUGGGGCUUUGUUCUGGCAAAGAUUCAGUUGAUCUUCCUAAGCCCGUUGAGAAUGAAAAACAUGUGGAAGCUGCACACUCAAAUGUAAAUCCGUUGAGUGUGCACCCACUGCCCUUGACCGAGGCUUCUGAUGUACUCCCAGAAUCUUCAAAUGGUUCUGACUCUUUGAAGGAAGAGAAAAACCAAUACUAUCCAGGCAAGGAGAUUAAGCGCAGAAAACGACAUAGAAGAAAGCAGUAUGUGGACCAAGAGCCAUGUAUAAAGAGAGGGGUCUAUUUCAAAAACAUGAAAUGGCAAGCUGCUAUAAAAGUUGACAAGAAACAAAUUCACUUGGGAACUGUUGGAACACAGGAUGAAGCAGCCCGGCUAUAUGAUAGGGCUGCUUUUAUGUGUGGAAGGGAGCCAAAUUUUGAACUUUCUGAGGAAGAGAAGAGCGAACUGGAGAAGUACACAUGGGAUGACUUCUUGGCAAUGACGCGCAACACCAUAAACAGCAAAAAACAAAGAAAGGUUGGGUCACUGAGGCGUAACAAGGGGGACCUGUUCAUAGGAGAUACUGAGAUGGUCAAUGGUGGUGGGUCUUCGCAUUCUGAUGAUGGAGAUGUUGAGACAUCAGCAUCCUAGAUCGCCGCCAGGUCAUGAACACCCAAAAAAAACAAAUUUAAAUUCAUGUGCAUAAGGCCCCCUGGUGGUCUGAUAAAGGUUAGAUAAUCAUGCCAUCUCAAAUAAAAAUUGGAGAUGGUCAAUUAUAGGAACAAAUUCCGCUGAGCAGUCAUGAACACCCAUCGGAGAACUGUGUAUAUCUUUCGAUAGGUUUACCUCAAAUUUACUUCAUAUGAUGUUGCCCAUGAUGUAACUGGUUCGCCGUAUGUUCUAUCCUACAUAAAUUCAGUACUGCAAUUGCCUUGGUUCAGUUGAA